AUGAAAUAUUAAGUCGAGGUAUAGUCUGCUUGUUCCCAUGAUUUUAUUUUAUUCAUUUGUCUGGGUCCUGGCCAGGAAUCCUUCCGGUUGAUCAAUCGAUCACUUUAUGAUGGCUGACUGAGGGGGCCUUGCUGAUUUCCACAUUUGUGUCACAGUCAGAACAUUUGACACUAAUUACCUGAUAUUGCAUUGAAAUCUUCCAACAACAACUUGUAUUUAUAUAGCGCCCUUCAAACAGGGUAGUGUCCUGGAGCGCUUGACGGUGGUGGAGCAGGACGCUGAGCCUGAGGGUGAGGUGACUGUAACCACAAUCAAAAAAGGUCUUUGGGUGGGAUUUGAAGAGUCCUAAUGUCGAUAUCGGAGAAGUUUGUUUCAGUGAAACCAUCACUGAGUGAGGGCCAGGCUGCGGAGUUGGUCACUCGCUUGUUUGGUCUGAAAGUGUCUGCUGUCAGACCACUGCCCAGUUAUGGUGAUCAGAACUUCCACAUCCUGGCGUCUGGAACCCAGGGCUCAGGAGAUUACCCCAAUGGUUUUGUCCUCAAAGUGCUCAACUCUGCUGACAGCCAAAAGCCUGAUUUGGUUGAAGCACAAACACAAAUCAUGAUGUUUUUGAAUGACAAAGGUUUUCCUACUCCUAAAGCAAUUCCAACUAUUGGUGGCAGAAUGAUGUCAUUGGAGACGAUUGAGUGUGGCAGUGAAUGUAAACAGUACAUGGUCAGGUUACUGACAUACCUACCUGGAAUCCCAUUGGCCAAAAUCCCUUUGGAUCAACAAAAUUUGUACAAAGUUGGCAGAAUUGUUGCACAAAUGGAUAAGGUCCUUCAAGAGGAAUUUCAGCAUGUUACAUUGAAGAGCCUGCACCGUGAAGACUUCAUUUGGAACCUUUCAAAUACUCAUCACUUGGAAAACUAUCUGGCUGCACUGGGGGGGAGUCGCAGCUGUCUAACUAUAGAACAAGUUAUUCAGCAAUUCAAAGCACAGAUUUUCCCAAAUCUGAGCAAGUUUCGCAAAAGCAUUAUUCAUGGAGACCCCAAUGAACAAAACAUUCUGGUGGAACUCAGCCAUUCAUCAGCUGAAGAAGCUUUGUAUAAUUUCAACCCAACCCACCUGCAAAAGGAAUUCAGAAUUUCUGGUAUUCUGGAUUUUGGUGACAUGAGUUAUGGUUGCUAUGUAUUUGAACUUGCUAUCGUCAUUGCAUACAUGAUGAUCGAGAACAAAGAUCCCAUAAGUGUUGGAGGCCAUGUUCUUGCUGGCUUUGAGAGUGUGAUCCCUUUGACACCAGAAGAGCGAGAUGCCGUGUUUCUGUUGGUGCUUUGUAGAUUUUCUCAGUCUCUCGUUAUAGCCAGAAACACCGUUCUGCGUUAUCCAGAAAAUGAAGAAUAUCUCAUGAGUUCAGCAAAAAAUGGUUGCAAAUGUUUACAUCAGUUGUGGGAGUUAGGUAAAGAGGCAGUGGAGAAGAUUUGGUUUGAAAUAGUUGACUCGUACCACAGAUAGAGCAGAAUUCUUCCUCAUGAAAAUACAAAGCGGAUUUAUGAAAAGGAAAGACACAAACAUAAAAGCAUAAUUUCCCUGCACCUUAUCAAUUCAAGCAUUGUAUCUUCAACCAAAUGAACCAAAUUAAAUAAAUGCUCUGGUAAUGUU